ACUGACGGGGCAGGGAGAUCUGACAGCACACCGGACAGUGUCCUCCUGGCGGCCUGCAGGAUGAAUGAGGAGCUCUGUGACUCCGUGAGCUCCCCGGCCCCGGAGACGGCCCUGCUGAACUGCACGGCCCCGGAGACAUCGCACCGGAGCUCCCCGGCCCUGCAGCUUACCCGCUCGUCCUCCAUCGGAGACUAUGAGGAGUCCAGCGGCAUCGAUGGAGGAGAGGAAGACGAGCGCAUGAUUAACUUGUCCGACCUGAAUCCUUACAUCCUGUGCUCAAUCUGCAAAGGUUACUUCAUUGAUGCUACAACCAUCACAGAAUGUCUUCAUACAUUUUGUAAAAGUUGCAUCGUGAGACAUUUUUACUACACUAAUCGAUGCCCAAAGUGUAAUAUUGUAGUGCAUCAAACACAGCCACUUUACAAUAUCAGGCUGGACAGACAGUUACAAGACAUUGUAUACAAGCUGGUAGAGAAUUUAGAAGAAGAAGAAAAAAAGAAAAUGUGCGACUUUUAUAGACAAAGAGGUCUAGAAGUACCAAAGCCUGCUGCUCCGCAACCUAUCUGCACUGGUCGUGGAAGAUCAAGGAAGUUAUUGGGUCCUGUGUUCCGGAUUCCACCUGAGCUGGAUGUGUCUCUACUCCUCGAGUUUAUGGGAGCUGCAGAAGGCACAGGGAGCUUUAAGCCUUUGGAGAAGAAAUUUGUCCGUGUCUCAGGAGAUGCAACAAUCGGACAUGUCGAGAAAUUCUUAAGACGAAAAAUGGAACUCAACACAGCUUGCCAGGUGGAUAUUAUAUGCGGUGACCACUUAUUGGAACACUAUCAGACACUGCGAGAGAUUCUUGCUGCAUUGGGAGACAGUGCAAUUCAGGAUGGCCUGCUUGUUCUUCACUUCGGCCUGGUACUUUCUCAGCUUUCACUAUUAUGAAGAUGUCUGCAUUCAAGAAAAGGACAUUUCAGGACUUUUUAUACUACCAUAUUUCUGCCUUAAAGCAUUGAAACAACUCAAGCAUAUGAACAGCUCUGAUUAAACAAAAGCUCUGUGGUCCACUGCUUUGUACUCUCUGAGACUGGUUGAAAUUGGUUAUGAUUUUGUAAAUAGGCAGCCAAUGAGAAGGCUUCAGAGUUCCGAAUGGUAGUUGUUGGAUAUGUUUUUUUGCCAGACAGUGUUUGUUAACAUUAACGAGAUCACACCUGUGUUUAUUUUAUCAACUUAUCCUUUGUUUUACAAAAUGACCU